AUGUGGACCUUUUUCAAUGCUCCACCUGGGGCCAGGGAGGGUGUGGCUGUGGAUGCUAUCCUGGAGGCCGGCGAGGCUGGGGUGGAGGCCGACGGGGCUGCUGUGGAGGCCAAAGGGGCUGCUGUGGAGGACGGUGAGGCUGGGGUGGAGGCCAAUGGGGCUGCUGUGGAUGCCGCCGGGGCUGCUGUGGAAACCAGUGAGGCUGGGGUGGAGGCUGACGGGGCUGCUGUGGAGGCCGACGGGGCUGCUGUGGAGGACGGCGAGGCUGCUGUGGAGGCCGACGGGGCUGCUGUGGAUGUCGCCGGGGCUGCUGUGGAGGCCGACAGGGCUGCAGUGGAGGAUGUGGUGUCGCGAUGCAUGCAAGAUUUCAGAUGUCUCUCGAAAUCUGCUCUGCACAAAAUGGUGUUUCUGCACUUGAAACAGUAA